UCUUGCUCGAACUUGAAAGAACGUGCUGUUGUUUUGUUGAUGUUCGGCACCAAGCUUUGGUUCGCGCCAAGUUUCAACAGGAAAGGGUAUCAUAUUUUCAAUUUUGUAAAAAUGGCCACUAUGUUACCUGCCGAAUCCGGUGAAUUUAUCGUCAAAAAUGCCAAAUAUGUGAAAGUACACGAGGAAGGAAUUAGACACUUGGUCAAAGAGGUAAUCAGCGGCAUUGAAACAAAGGCCAUUGACGUGGAGAACUUCUCCCAACAUGAACAUCACCCAAAACCAAGUGAUGUGCAGGCACCGAAUUGGAUCUUUCUGAUUGAUACGCUUAACUUCUGUUUUUGGACGCCCGGCGAUGCCACUAAAUGGAAGGUAGAAGGACAAACUGGAUAUUUCUCCCUUUGCGCUGCGAUUAAUCGUGCUUUGAAGGAGGGAAUCGACAUAACUAACCCAUCAUACUACUCUAAGAUUACAUUGGAAGAGCUGGAAAAAAUCCUUCGAUCAGACGAUGGGCAAACCAAGGCCCCUCUUUUGUCGGAACGCGUGCAGUGCCUGCACGAAGUUGGUAAAGUCCUACUCGAGAAGUACGAUGGAAAGUUCGAAAAUUGCGUUAAAGCAAGCAAUCAUUCAGCAGUGGCUCUCCUGAAACUGGUUACGGAAGAUUUCCCAUGUUUCCGAGAUGAAGCUACAUUUAAUGGCAAGCGUGUGUCCAUUUAUAAACGAGCUCAGAUCCUGAUCGGUGACUUGUGGGCCUGCUAUCGUGGUGAUGGUUUGGGACGGUUCGAUGACAUUGAAAAGAUUACGAUGUUUGCCGAUUAUAGAGUUCCACAAGUGCUGGUACACUUUAAAACUCUCGAAUAUACUGAUGAGUUGAUGUCGGUGUUAAAAUCAGACAAGAUUAUGGAAAAUGGAUGUUGCGAGGAGGUUGAAAUUAGAGGCGCUUCGAUCUACAUUGUGGAACAAUUAAAGGAGUUUGUGCUGAAAGAGCUAAAAGACAAUCACCCAAACAUUUCUACCAAAAAUGUGAAUGCCGUUCUGUUAGAUCAUUUUUUGUGGGACUACCGACGAAAACACGCAGCUGAGUUAGAAUAUAUUCCAUUCCACAAGACUAUUAGUGUAUAUUAUUAAAAAUGCACGCUACACGUAUUGUAUGUUCAAAAUUUUUAUCUAUCAAGCGAUUGUAAUGUGAUGUGGAAUAAAUAAAAAUACAUUAGAUCCUUUUAGUUCUAUA